AACGCAGACAGACAGACACACGCAGACACACAGACACACGCAGACAGACACAGACAGACACACACAGACAGACACACGCGGAGCACGCACGCAUCCGCCGGUGUCUCCGAGUCACGCAGCUGCUGCAGUCGUUCGAGCCAGCAUGUGGGAAGACUUUGGCGACUUCCACGCGGAGGCCGAGGGCUCCGGGGCGCGGAAGGGGAAGACCGCGGCGCCGCGGUCCUUCGCCCCGAUCGACACGGUGCUCACCGCCGUCGAGGACACGGGGAGCUCCUCGUCCGACGUGGCCGGCGGGCGGCCCCGCACCACUGGACCCCCGGGUGCGGGGGGGGUCCCGCUGCUGGGGGUGUGGGCCCUGGAGCUGCACGGCGAGCAGGACGGGCGCACGCGGCUGGAGCACCGCACGGAGCGCUACGAGACGCCGCUGCCCGUGCUGCGCCGGGGCCUCCCCUUCCCCGUCACCGUCACGUUCAGCCGCCCCUUCGAGCCGCGCUCCGACCGCCUGCAGCUGGAGCUCUACAUCGGAAAGUACCCGAGGAUCGAUCGUGGCACCUACAUCCCAAUCCCGCUGGCCGAGCCGGGCGAGGAGGUGGAGCCCGGCACCUGGAAGGCGACGGUCACGGGCUCGCAGGGCGCGCGGCUGGCCCUGCUCGUCCACACGUCGCCCAAGUGCAUCGUGGGCAAGUACCGCUUCCACGUGGCGACGCUGAGCGCGGGCGGCCUCUACCGCUCGUCCCGCGACCCCAACACCGACCUCUACUUCAUCUUCAACCCCUGGUGCCCAGAGGACGGCGUUUACAUGGAGAGCGAGGCGGAGCGAGAGGAGUACGUCCUCAACGACAUCGGCAGGAUCUUCCACGGGACGCGCGACCAGAUCGUGUCGCGCGUCUGGAACUUCGGGCAGUACGAGUACGGGGUUCUGGACGCCGCCCUCUCGGUGCUGGACUGCGGCCGCCUCCCGCUGUCCGGCCGGGACAGCCCCGUGACGGUGGCUCGCGUCGCCUCCGCCGCCGUCAACUCCCAGGACGACAACGGGGUGGUGGAGGGCUGCUGGGUGGACAACUACACGGGCGGAGUCGCCCCCACGGCGUGGAACGGCAGCGCGGAGAUUCUGCUCGACUUCAAGAUGUCGCGGCGGCUGAAGUACGGCCAGUGCUGGGUGUUCGCCGGAGUCGCCACCAGCGUGCUGCGCUGCCUGGGCAUCCCGAGCCGCCCGGUCACCAACUACUGCUCGGCCCACGACCGCGACGCCAGCAUGUCCUACGACGUCUACCUGGACGAGAGCCUGGCGCCCCGCGACGACCUCAACAAGGACUCCAUCUGGAACUACCACGUGUGGAGCGAGUGCUGGAUGGCGAGGCCCGACCUGCCGCUUGGCUACGGCGGAUGGCAGAUCGUGGACGCCACCCCGCAGGAGAACAGCGAAGGGAUCUUCCGCUGUGGACCGUCCCCCGUGAACGCGGUGAAGAGCGGCAUCGUGUACCUGCCCUACGACACCAAGUUCGUGUUUGCAGAGGUGAACAGCGACAAGGUGUACUGGAAGGUGGGGCUGGACGGGGAGCUGUCGCCCGUGGACGUGGAGCGGAGGGCGGUUGGCCACUGCAUCAGCACCAAGGCCAUCGGCUCGGACAACCGCGAAGACAUCACUCACGCGUACAAGUACCCGGAGGGCUCGGAUGAAGAGCGCGUCUCGGUGGAGAUGGCCUGCAGGUACGGCACCAAGCCCAGCCUGCUGGCGGAGGCGCUGGGCUCGCGGCCCAACCACGACGUCGUCCUGGAGGUGACGGCGCCGCCGGACGGCGCCCUCACCAUGGGCCGCGACGUGGUGCUGGGCGUGCGGCUCAAGAACCACAGCGUGGACGGCGAGGAGCGCCGCGUCUCCCUGCUGCUGCACUGCGACGCCCUCUUCUACACGGGCGUCGUGCGCGCCGCCGUCAAGCGGCAGAGAUUCGACGUGGACCUCCCGCCGGGCGCCGAGCACCAGGUGGUGCUGCAGGUGCGUCGGGGCGAGUACCUGGCCAUGCUGGUGGACCAGGGCGGCCUGAUGCUCACGGCCACGGGGCGAGUGCUCGAGACGAGCCAGCCGCUCGUCGCGCAGCGAGCCUUCCACCUCACGCUGACGCCGCUCCGCAUCACCGUGCUGGGCGAGGUGCGGAGCGGCUGGGACUUCAUGGCUGAGGUCAGCUUCACGAACCCGCUGCCCGCAGUGCUGCAGGGGGUCACCUUCCGGCUGGAGGCCACAGGGCUGCAGCAGAACAAGGUCAUCCGCCACGGCGACAUCCGAGUGGGAGAGACGGUGACGGUGCGGGAGCGGCUCACGCCCACCCGCCCGGGACUCCGCAAGCUCGUGGGCAGCAUGGUGUGCAGGCAACUCACCCAGGUGCUGGGCGACACCGACCUCAACGUGCACUGAGCUGCGAGGUCACGGCCAGGGUCAAGGGGAUGCCGCGGCCGAUGCUGUCGACGCUGCCCACGGCCCGACUCUGCCACCUUGGGGUGCUGCUGUGGCUGGGAGAUGUUAACUGCCCCGCCUGGUACACAGGAGGUCCUGGGUCUGAUUCCGAACCCGACGCCUGCUGUAUAUUUAGGGGUUUGCAUGUCUCUCUCUCUCUCCCCGUGGUCACGUGGAUUCUACUCCGGGUCUUCCGUUUUUUUCCCCCUCCACAUUUAUAAACGUGAAUUUAGAGUAUUUGGUUUCUAUAAAAUGUCCACCCUGAUGACAAGCUACUUCGUUGAGCUAUCAUUUGUGGCCAGGUCGCUCCUGAAAAAGAGCUAACGCAGCUCAGUGGGCCUUAGCUGGUGAAAUAAAAAGAGUUUUUAGAUUAGUGUCUGAUGUUAAUCCAUUAAUUGAUGCUUCGUUACACCACAAACAUAUUAAACAUCCUUUAUAUUCGGUUUUUGUUUUUAUAUAUACUAUGUGCAUUUUGAGAGGUCGGUAUGUUCUAUGAGUUUAGGUCAAUGUAAAGGUUUCUUCAUGCCUGUAGCCUGCUCACUCGCUCGUCACUGCCGGCUGUGGGGCCACCUCUAAGAGAGACGGAGCACGGAGAGCUCCUGCCAGAGGGCCGUUUGGCCUCCUCUUCCACGCUGAGCCAGAUGCCAUAAACAAGCAGCCACCCACACUUGACCCCACCACACGCCGCAACCUCCCAGUCGUCGGUGUGGUGAACCCCUUUACACUGAACGCGUUUCAACUGCCGCGCCGGGAGGUCAAACCGGCGACCUCUGGAUGGAAAAUCCUCUGGAUGGAAAAUCUACUCGGACAUCUGUGAAGAAAGAGCCAUCAUAGCUCAUCGGAUUCCUCCACGAAAAAUACUGAUUCUGGAAUCCGGUGGCGCUGACGGUUAUCCCACUGUGGCAGCAUCUCUUGGCAGAAGUGAGGGCACAUGAUCCCGCUUCCUCCGAGAUUGAAAACCCCGGCGAUGGGAAAACAGAGACGUGGGGAGGGAAGGGGGUGGACACACAGAUGGGCGUACGGAGCAACGUCCCAGCCCGAAACUUGGCGGCAGGAGGCCCGUGAUAAGCUGAGGGGUUUUAUUUUGGACCACGGCCCUGUCUAAGAGCACCACUGCAGCCCUCGGUCAAUUCGGCAGGAAAAUGUAAUUACAGUGCAGGGGCACCGAAGCCGAUCGGCGCGCCGUUGAGACCGCGGCGGCACUGGGUGCGUUACGGAGUCUCAAUGUCACCCCGACUGGUAGUGACACGGUGACAGAUCCCCGUUGUGACGGCAACCCCAACCACGCCUGCUUUGUGUUCUAGUCAUGCCAUUGCUGAGUUGUCCGCGUAGUAAAAAAAAAGCUUUCAGCUGCUCGUUGGUAAUGAUGAUGGUGGGAGAUUUGUUUUAAACUCCGCCGCUGUGC